AUGACGAGAGGCGCGUUGUUGCUGCUCUGCCUCCAUCUCCCGGUCGGCCACUUCGUUGCCGCAGACGACGGCGAGUGCUCCGGCGACGCCUCGGCCAGCGACAGGAAGAAGGCGGACCCGUUGAAAAUCGCCGCCAUAUUCUCCAUUCUGGCGAGCGGCAGCCUCGGCGUCAGCAUUCCCCUGCUCGGACGGUGGGUACCGGCCCUGCGCCCGGAGAAGGACUGGUUCUUCGUCAUCAAGGCCUUCGCCGCCGGCGUGAUCCUCGCCACCGGGUUUAUCCACAUCCUGCCCGACGCGUUCGGCAGCCUCACCUCCCCCUGCCUGGCCCCCUCGCCGUGGCAGGACUUCCCCUUCGCCGGCUUCGGCGCGAUGGUCGCCGCCAUCGGGUCGCUGGCCGUCGACGCGAUCGCCACCGGCUUCCUCGGCCGCCGGGCGGCCGCGGUGGGCGAGGCGGGGACCUCGGAGGAGGACGACGUGGAAGUGCACGCGCACGGGAAUACCCACGGCCGCGUGCCGCAGGGAGCGGAGGCGCAACUGAUUCGUGACCGCGUGAUUUCGCAGGUGCUGGAGCUCGGAAUCGUGAUGCAUUCGGUGAUAAUCGGGAUAUCGUUGGGCGCAUCGGAGUCGCCGGCGACCAUACGGCCGCUGAUGACGUCGCUGAGCUUCCAUCAGCUGUUCGAGGGCAUCGGACUGGGAGGAUGCAUUGCGCAGGCAAAGUUGAAGGCGAGGUCGAUGCUGAAAAUGGGUCUGUUCUUCGCGCUGACGACUCCGGCUGGGAUCGCCUUCGGGAUGGCGAUCUCGUCGGCGUACAAGGAAUCGAGCCCGACUGCGCUGAUCGUGGAAGGGGUGUUGAACUCGGCGUCGGCGGGGAUCUUGAUUUACAUGGCGCUGGUGGACUUGCUCGCCCAGGAUUUCAUGAACGCGAGAGUGCAGAGCAGGCCCAUGCUCCAGUUGCUCUCGACCAGUGCCCUGCUUUUGGGAGCAGGGCUCAUGUCUCUUCUUGCUAAGUGGGCUUGA